AUGGCAUCCAAGUCAAAAGGCUCGUCUUCGUCGUCCUUCGACAUGGAUGACGAAGAAGAUACCGCACCGCGUCGUCCAUCCAACAGACCUCGAGUCUCACUCAACGGGUCUCGAGCCGCUUCCUCAGCGCAACAGCGAAGCUCAUCACGCCCGGACCCCUCGUCCUCAUCCGACGCGCCCGGUCCCUCAUCCUCGUCACGGCAGGCUUCGUCUUCUCAUACCAACCGCAGUGGUAUGAGCACACUGGCCCGCGCAAACGCAAGACGAGUCAGUAUGGCUCCAGCAGGCGGUCUCGCAGCCGUCCCAGCCCCGGCGCAGAAGUUGAACGUCGAUUCCACGAGCUUUGAAGAGUGGAUGAAGAUGGCAACGGAUAACAAGAUCAACUCAACCAACACCUUCAGCAUUGCACUCAUCGACUACUUCCACGACAUGUCUCUGCUUCGCUCCGAUUCCGGUGAUGGAACUAUCAACUUCCAGAAGGCCUCCUGUACGCUCGACGGCUGCGUCAAAGUGUGGACCUCUCGUGUCGACUCCGUAGUGAGCGAGACGGGCAAGCUCCUCAAUGGCCUCGUUGGGGAUGGCAGCAAGGGAAGCAAAGCGGGAGAGGAUGACGAGGAAGGCGACCUCGAUGGAGAGAUCGAUGGCGAGGGAGCAGCUGGUGGCGGGAAGGGAGGGCGCAAGAAGAAGACCAAAGCCAAGGAGGCAACCCUGGUCAAGAAUUUCUCAGCUAUUGCGGUCAAGAAGCUCGACCUCGAAUAUACGGUGGACCCGCUCUUCAAAAAGACCAGCGCAGACUUCGAUGAGGGAGGCGCAGGUGGUCUGCUCAUGAAUCACCUCGGCGUAGACGAUAAGAUGCGGGUCGUUUUUGAUGCUGGUGAGGCAGAGGGGCUGCCCGAAGGAGAGGAAGAUGAUGCCAGCGACGACGAAGAGGGGGAAGACGACGAAGAGGAAGCAGCCAAGAAGCAGGCAGCGGAUACGAUCGACCUCUCCCGCAUGCAAGCCAAGCUCUUCAGCCUCGCUCCUCUCUCCCUCUGGGCAAGCUCAGCAGAUCCAAUUGCCACGCUCCUGAACGGGCGGCUCGUCUGCCCAUCAUUGGCACGCUUCUCCUUUGCCCCGGAUCAAGAGGGUGACUUGUUCGGCCAAGCAGAUGACGACGGCGGAGACGACGAUGCCAACGCGCAUGACGACGGCACUUCGCCUUUCGACCUGGGCUACAUGAAUCCCGCAAUCACUGCUACCCCGUGGGGUGGGGAUGAUGAUGGACCCGCCUUUGGGUACGGGGACGAGGACGAGGACAGCAACGCAGAUCUGUUUGGUGUGCCAGCCGACCUCGAUAGGGACGGGGAGGUCUUCGGCUUACCGCCUGAGCGACCUGCGGGAAUGCACUCCCAGAUGGACGAGCACGAUGGAGGAGAUGGUGGCGGAUUCGAUUUCAUGGAUGGCGGCGGCGGGGAUAAUGACGAACCGGAUAUGGACAUGGGCAAUGGCGAGGAUGGUGGAGCUCCCGUCCGCUGGGAUCCGAGACAAGGGCCAUCGCAGCAUGACCUGCUUCUCGCGUUCAAGGGCGUGUCAGGGAACGAUGAUGAAGGACGAGAAGGAGGUGCCGACGGUGGAGCUGCAGGGAGCGGCGGACUUUUCGACUACUUCGACCAGCGGCUGAUGAAGAGCUGGGCCGGCCCUGAGCAUUGGAAGAUGCGUAGUCGUCUUGCUGGAUUUGGCGGAUUGGCGCAACAGCAGCAGCAGCAGCAAGCAAACGCAGCCAAUGGCGAGACAGGCGCAGAUGGUACGCCGACAGGCAAGAAGAAGCGCACCGCCAAGGAUCCCUUUGUCAUCGACUUCCUCAACGCCGAGCCGCCCUCAUCCAAAGAACUCUUUGAGCCACCAAAGACGGCAAGCAGCAUUCUCCUCCCCAAGAUGCGGCAUCAGCCCGAAGCCUUUUUGCUUCCAGAGGAUCGCCACUUCUCUUCGAGGAUGCUGCUCAGGCUGUUCAGCAAGCCACGGGCGGUGCUCAACAUCCGCACGAGGAGAGGUGGCCUGAGAUUUGGUGCCAACCCUGGGCUGGGUGGCUUUGGCGCUGGCGCAGGCGAUGGAGAGCUCGACGAAGCCUUCUGGGCGCAGCAACAAGCCGCCCGCGAAGCUGAGAAUGGCGCAGGGCUAGACGGAGGCGACGGCGUCGACUUUGCCCUCAACGACGAGGCCCCGAUGCCCCUGGACACCCAGUUCUACCACGACGGCGACGACGAGGGCGCAUUCGAGCUUGCCUCUUCUCUUCCACCCACGCAGACCAACCCCAACUCCGCAGCAGACGUCGACGUGGCCGACUUCGAAGAGGAAGACUUGGCUGCUCAGGCUGCUGCCUUGAAGCGUGUCAGGCCAGAGUAUGUCAACUAUGCGAAGAAGGCGAAGCGGGUCGAUGUCAGGCGGUUGAAGGAGAAUAUCUGGAAGGAGCUCGCCAUCGAGGUGGGAGCAGAUACUGCGGCGCUGCAGGAUGAUGGCGACGAGACGGCCGAGUCUACCGCCACGACGACUUCAGCAGAGCCCAAGACGUUCCGCUCGGUCCUCUCAGGUCUACGCAAGGCAUAUCCCAAGGAGAAGAUGGACGAGAUCAGCACGUCCUUCUGCUUCAUUUGCCUUCUGCACCUGGCCAACGAGGAGGGCCUGGAGAUCAAAAUCGGGCAGCGAGGCCAAGCUGCGCAAGAGGCGGCCGUGCGCAACGCUAUGCUCGGGGCUAUGACUCCAGGUGGGAGGGUGAUUGCGGAGGAUGAGGAAGAUGAGAGUGAGGAGGACGAAGACGGACUGAGUGUAAAGGGUAAGCUUCAUGGUCGUCGAAGGGUCGGCGACGACAGUGAUGACGAUGAUGUCGAGGAGGCCAAGUCAGCGCUUACGGUGGGUAGACUGGAGUACCUGCGUAUCAAAAAGGACCCGAAAGCUGGAAGGAGCGCCUGA